AUGUUGUCCAACACGCUUCAGCCAGCUAACCCGAUACCAGUGGUGCUGCCAGACCAGCGACUGCCAGUGCUCAAGCCUGACCCGCGACUGCCACAGAGGGCUGAGCUGUCCCAGCAGCAGGCAGAGGACAUAUCACUGCUAGACCCACAACCAGCACUGGGUCUGGGGGCCAGGCCUGUCCCUGCCACACUGCCUGAUCCAGCCCUGGAUCCACAGGCCAGACCAGAUCUGGGAUACCUGGCCGUGGGAUGCCGUGGGAUGGCCUCCUCCCCCAGCCUGGACAUCUCCCGCAGCACGGGCAUGGACCGCCCUGACUCCUGCUGGACAGCCCAGCCCAGCCCUGCCUCGCAGAUACUCUGCCUGUCUCUGACCCCCCGCCCCCUUUCUCGCCAGGUUCUGUCGAGUCUGCACCCAGACUGCGAGUACAUCUUUCAGCUGGAGAGGGAGGAACAGCGUUGUCUUCGAUACAUUGCAGAGCAGAACUACACUGGUAGCACCAGUGGUUGUCUAGCGUUCUGGGACUCUGUGGUGUGUUGGCCAUAUGCUGCGGUUGGGGAGACAUUCCACAUGGCCUGCCCUGCUGUCUUCUCUCUUUUUGGGAAUAACACAGGGUUAGUCAGCCGAAACUGCACUAGCAACGGAUGGUCUCAACCCUUCCCCCCGUACCACAUAGCCUGUAGUGUGGAUGACAACAUUCACAUUCCAGAGGAGUCAUACUUUGCCACGGUGAAGCUGAUCUACUCCAUUGGCUACGGCACCUCCCUGUUCUUCCUGUCCAUCGCCGUGGUGAUUCUGCUACUCUUCAGGAGGCUUCGCUGUGCUAGGAACUAUAUUCACAUCCAGCUGUUUGUCACCUUCAUGCUGAAGGCGAUGGCUGUGUUCAACAAGGACGCCAAGCUGUUCGCCAGCGAGGACACGGACCACUGCACCCUCUCCACCGCAGCUUGUAAAGCCUCAGUGGUGUUCUGUCACUACUGUGUCAUGGCUAACUUCUUCUGGCUCCUGGUGGAGGCCCUCUACCUCAACACCCUGCUCCUCUCCUCCUUCCACCACAGCCGCCGCUGCCUCUGGGGCUUUGGCCUGUUGGGCUGGGGUGUACCCAUUGUCUUCAUCGUCAUAUGGAUUGGGUCCAGGGUGUAUUUUGAGGAUACUGAAUGCUGGGACAUCAACGAGGACUCUCCCUAUUGGUGGAUCAUCAAAGGGCCAAUCGUGUUUUCUAUUGGGGUCAAUUUCAUCCUCUUCAUGAACAUCAUCAGAAUCCUGAUACAGAAACUGAACCCUCGCCUAAUCCAGUUCAACAACUCAGAUCAGUACAGACGGCUGACUAAGUCCACUCUCCUCCUCAUCCCUCUCUUUGGGAGCCACUACAUGGUGUUUAACUUCCUGCCUGAUUACUUCCAUGUUAGCGUGCGCCUCUGCAUCGAGCUCUGCAUGGGGUCCUUUCAGGGGUUGAUUGUCGCAAUUCUCUACUGCUUCCUCAACCAAGAGGUCCAGAAGGAGAUCCAUAUGAGGUGGCUGAGGUGGCAGGAUAACAGCUAUGGCGUGGUACUGCCCGGUGCCAAGGGUAGUCAGAUGGACACACCGUUCUAGUGCUCUUCAUCCACCUCUCCUCUUCCUCUCCAACCUCCUGUGUUUUUAAUGAGUGACUUUCGUCGAAAUUAAUGAGUGUCUUUCGUCGAGGGGUUGGAAUAAAGCGGAAGACAAGAUUCCAUUGGAUAUCUGUUUACAUUGGACAAUAAAGUAAUGUUCUUCUU